AUGCAUGACCGCACCUCUCCUGAUCCAGUAACAUAUCUUGGCUAUCCCAUAUGCUCCAGUUUAUCCCAACGCAACCUUGCUUUCCAGCAACUCUACAACAAUAUCCAACAAUGCAUCCAUAUUCACUCCCAACGGAACCUCUCCAUUCGUGGAAGAGCUACCGUUCUCAACACACUUAUUUUCUCGAAACUCUGGCAUGUCAUGCGCAACUUUAUUUUCACCAGAGCUCAAUUACUCUCCUUACGCAGACUUGGGUCCUUCUUCAUUAACUUUCGCAUCUUCCCCAAACUAUCCUUUAGGACCCUUCAACAGCCUCGCCAUCAUGGCGUCCUCCAAGUUUUAGAUCCCAUUGUCCAACAACAAGCUCUCCAAUGGCGCUGGAUUUGCCCCCUCAUUUUAGCCGCCUGUCAUUCACCACUAUUACCGACAUACACCACCCCAAGCAUUCCACUCCUCCAGUACUCCCUGCAAUGGUAUUUCCACUCUACCGCUUUCUCUGAUUACUUUUACUACUUACUCUUUCCUGCUGCUCGACAAACCAUCUGGUUCCAACAUCGACCCAGUCCACACCAAGCUUUCCUUAACAUACUCACCAAUGUCAUUACCACCAUGGAUCGAAUACCACGUUCCUUCACAACCUGUCACUUAGAUUUUCAUGCAGGUUUAUCAUUACUUUUCACUACGGCCCAACUGAUGUUCUCACAGAACAUGGAUGUGCUCUUUUGGGAACAUCGAUGUUCUCAUGAGCACAUUGAUGUUCUCAUUUGA